GCCGUUCCCGAGCCUGCGUUGGAGCUUCUCACGCUCAUUUAUCUGGGAAGCUUCCUUGUGGACGGAUACACCUACAAUAAGAGGCUUUCUACCCAACAUCUUAGAGAUCUCGAACGCGCAAUUACCACCAAGUCACCCCAGUGGUUAACUAGCCAUAACACCAAUGUCACCCCCUACCGUUCCAGAGCUUUUCCGCGCGGUGUUCAAGAAGGUGGUUAAGGCAACAGGUGCAGCCUCGAAAGAACGAAAAGGGCUGUCCUCAGGUAGCACUUCAAGCCUUGCAUCGACACUCGUUGCGUCCUUCGAUGACGAAUAUGCCUACGAUUCGGGCUCCGAGGACGAAGACAGCAGUCAGCCAGAUGAUCCGACCGCCGCCGCAAACAGCUCCCCAGAGGAGUGUGAGAAUACCGAAUGUUAUGGAACUACCGGGCUUUCAUGGUGCCAUAUUUGCGGGAUCGUCGUAUGUGAGGGAUGCUGGGAUAAACAAGCAGCGCACCGUAAAAAUAAGCACCCGAAAACCGAACUCAAGCUCAGAGAUAUGGUUAAACUUCUGCAAUCUGUGAGCCCACCACAGGAUGAGGAUGAACGGAAGCAACUUCACAAAAAGAAUCACAAUACGAAGUGGUUUGGAGUCACAACCGAGAACGAGGUCUUACUCAACACUACCGCCCGAUUUUCGGAGAUCUACAUUUCCAAUGGCAUCCAGAAGGAUCAGUAUCCCGCCUUAGUCAGCUUCGUGGGGGAAACCGGAGCCGGGAAAAGCUCGUUGAUAACCUCCCUUCUGAAGCUCACGAAUCACCAUCAAAGUCGAGCGUACGAUUUACCCAUAGCUGGAAGCACCGCCGAUUCCACAAAACCAACAAGCAGUGACGUUCACCUAUAUGCGGACCCCUCAACCUGUCAUCCUGCUUCCAAGCGCCCAGUCCUAUACGCUGAUUGUGAGGGUUUCGGUGGAGGCAACAACCCUCCAAUAGCUGCAGAUAAGGAUGUGAGGAAGACUGAUUCCGGCUCGAGGUCCAAAGCCCGUUGUAUGUCGUGGGCAAGAUCUGGGGACCACUCACGCUCCUGGAUGGUUGAGCAUUUUUAUCCGAUGAUUCUUUACACCUUCAGUGAUGUCAUAUGUUAUGUUACCAGGAAUAUUCGGAAACACGAGGAGGUGCUCAACAGCUUGGUGCAGUGGGCGAGCAAGGUUUUUGAGGCUUCGACCAACCAGCCACUACUACCAUACGCCAUAAUUAUCGUCAACGUUUACACUGAGCAGGCCGACGAGAGCAAAUUGAUGGAAUUACUUCAUCUAGAGAUCCCCGAGAUUACCGAGCUCAAGUCACAGCAGAAUUUCUGGCGCGAGAAAGGGAAACGCGUGGAAACUUUCCUUGAUCUCGUUUUAUGCUACUAUUGCGCAAUAGAUAUUGUCUGCAUCCCUCCGGUGGCUGGGGUCGACGGAGUCCCCACCCGUAUCAAAACGCAAUUUGAGAAGCUCCGGGAAACCAUAUCGAGAGCGACAGAAAAAACGUCCCAGCUGCGCCGUGAUAAGGGUGCCCUCAUAGGGGGGGAGCAUUUGGAUUUCCACUUCAGACGGGCAUUUACGCACUUUUCGGAGAACCAUUACAAGGAGGCUUUCAACUUUUUGGAUACGGAAAAUCAGUUCGAGGGGGGCUUCGGAACCAGCGAUUCGCAUAUCGUCAAAGCAGCUACACGGCUUAUGAGCAACAAUAAAUAUUCGGACUAUAACCUGUUAUUCGCCGGGCUAGAGCCCUUCCUAGCAUCCUCGAUUCUAUUAGAUGCCAGACGCAAAAACUUUCCUUUGGAUCUAGGCGUCCUACUCCUGCAAUACCAACAGCCAUGCGAGGCUGCGAAGACCACUUUCUUCAAAAACCACUGCCCGUGUAGCUACCGGGACGCAAAAGGCAACCGAUGCGUGAACAUGAUCAUAGGACACGACAAAGGCCACCAAUUGUCCAACGGAACCGUGGUCAAAGCUGGUAAGCACGAGUCGGGUGGUAUGGAUUACGGCGUCAUGGACAUGUUCUCGGAACUCCUCAACAACAUUUCCAGGGGGAUUUACUGUACUCGAACCGCAGUCGUCCAACGACAUCGAGAAAUACUUGCUAGAGCGGACUAUGCACACAUGUGGUCUCCAUGCAACACCACUUGUCUGGCUUGCCUAUUUUCGGUUCCGGUGCAUGUUCUGCCCUGUGGACACAUCCUCUGCGACGCCUGUAUCGAUGAUUUUUCCGACCUUUCGCACGAUGCCUGCACUCGCACUAUACGGCAUUGUCCUCUAUGUCCUGCUGGUAGACAGAGAGUACCAUGGACUCUCAAGAGAGGCCCGCGCCAGGCUGCUCCCCGGAUUCUCACUCUAGAUGGCGGAGGCAUUCGGGCAAUCAUGCAACUCAAGAUACUGUCCGCAAUGGAGAAAGCUAUAGAAGAGCUCAUCGGGGUGCAUAUGCCGGUUCAAGGGUUCUUCGACCUCGUCUUAGGCACUAGUGCCGGCGGUAUCGUGGCUCUGGGUCUUACGGUCGGCGGAAUGACUGUGGAGAAAUGCACCGAGAUGUUCAUCAAAUUCGCAAUCGAGGCAUUCAAGAAACGCUCUUUAAUGAACAUGCCUGGCCUCAGGCUUCUGGUAGAAGCAUCUCACCACGGCCAAUACAAAUCCACGGGAUUGAAUGCGUCGUUACUGGAGGCGUUUGGGAAGAAGCCAAUGUUUGGAGAGUGCAAUGGAACCGGGGGAAAGUCAACCAAGGUGGCGGUCACGAUGGUAUCGUCCGCACUGGAUCCUUUGAUCAUUGCAAAUUACAAUCGUAACCCCGGAACAGGCGUCGCUGGCGACAAGCAAAAGUACGAAUUCCUGCGAGCGGAAAAGAAGGACGAGGAAAUGGCAGUUUGGGAAGCAGCACGGGCGACUUCAGCAGCACCUCGUUAUUUCAAGCCAUUCCACCACAAAUCCUCCGGUCGAAUCUUCAUAGACGGUGCCCUGCUGCACAAUAAUCCAGUAUGGGUAGCGACAGCCGAGAGCACGCUGCUCUGGCCGGAACAUCCUCAUCCGGACCUCGUUUUCUCCAUCGGCACGGGGUGUCAAUCGCUACGCGGACGAAACAGUGGCGUCGAGCUGGACGAACUCGUGAUGAAUCGCGGCUUCACUGCAUAUAUCAAACGGUUGAAAGCGAUCAUCGCUCAUCAGACAGAAAUGAACAUGAACCCCCAAGAAGCCUGGGACCAAUACAUGAAGCAACCUUCGAUCGAUUCCAAACUGCUGGACAAGAGGUUUGCUCGGCUGAACGUCGAGGUCGUGCAGGAACUUCCCAAACUCGAUCAAGUUGAGAAGAUGGAGGAUCUGGUGGAGCAGGCGGUGAACUUUUGCGUCAAGUACUCCGAGAAAAUUAAAUCCCUUUCCGCAAGACUCAUUGCUUCGCUAUUCUACUUGCAGCUGGACACGAUGGAACCUGUGGAGGGUGAUAAACUCCACUGCAAGGGAACUAUUCGAUGCCGGCUCGCGCCCAAUUCUCCGCCACUCGCGAAGCUCCGUCAGCGAUUCGGCAAUCUUGGCACAAUCUUCUGGAUCGAGACGGGCCCGGAGAAUCUCAAACCGCUAUCUCGCCCCAGCGACACCGGGCUCGUGGAUGACAAAGGCGCGUUUGCGUUCCCCACGCAAUUCACUGUGCCGAGCGCAGUGGACCAGUCCGUACGUGUCUACAUGUCGACCUGGAACAGCUGUCGCCCCGCCAUCGCCUUGAUCAGCGGAUUUCCGUAUACCAUCGCGGAGAUGAGGACUGUGCUGCUUUCUACCGCCGAAGAGAUGGCAGUGCCUGGGGCGGCAGAGUUCCCAUCCGAGGCUUGGAAUACUACUCCCGACAUGGCAAAAUGUGCGGUAUUCCCCCGUUCCCAUGCUCUCUCCGUUCCGUCGACCGCCCCAUCAUUACCGGCAUUACCGGAUGCUAUGUACGUGGAAUUUGCUCAGAACUUUUUCCGAAAUUUUCCGAAAGAGGCCGGCGGCGGAGAAAAAGAGACAAGUAGUUAAAUAUGGCUGCUGAUUGGGGGAAGAAGCGAGAGUCAAGACGAUCAAUUCGUUAAAUUUGGAUGCUGACGGUGACAGCGCCAAUAAUUGCGAGGAGGAGAACCACUCGCCGAGCCGCUUGGCUGUCGUGACAAGAGGCCCGCCACGCAUCUUCCGACUCCAAAGGCGAACGAUCUCCAGCGGCCUUUCGGGGCGCAAACGGUUCUUGUGAGAGAAUACAUAAGGGGAUGACGAGAGAGAGAAGGGCCGGCAGGGAGGAGGAUGGGUAGCUUUGGAGUUCGAAAUAGACGUCUUACGGAUGACGAGAGAGAAGGAUCGGCAGGGAGAAGGGUGGGGUUACUUUGGAGUUUAAAAUAGGCGUUUCUCAGGGUUCUCGUUUCUUUUGCUUUAGGAAUAUAAUCAAGAUGUAUGACGACCUGUUACGAUAAUACAAGCCUUUCGAUUACAGCAGAGUCC